AUGAGUGGGGAUGCAGAAAUGGAGUGUUUUGGCCCGGCGGCCAUAUACCUCCGCAAGCCAGAAAAAGAGCGUCUUGAAGCUCAGAACACUCCCUUUGAUGCUAAAACGGCAUACUUUGUGACUGAGCCUGCUGAGAUGUACCUGAAGGGGAAACUUAUAAAGCGAGAGGGCGGCAAAGCCACAGUGGAGACCCUUACUGGCAAGACUCUCACCGUGAAGGAAGAUGAAAUCUUCCCCAUGAACCCACCGAAGUUUGAUAAAAUUGAGGACAUGGCCAUGAUGACCCACCUCAAUGAGCCUGCUGUGCUGUAUAACCUCAAAGAGCGAUAUGCAGCAUGGAUGAUCUACACCUACUCUGGGUUGUUCUGCGUCACUGUGAACCCCUACAAGUGGCUCCCAGUAUACGAUGCGAUGGUUGUUGCAGGAUACAGGGGCAAAAAAAGAAUUGAGGCUCCUCCCCACAUCUUCUCCAUCUCUGAUAACGCCUAUCAGUUCAUGCUCCAAGAUAGAGAAAACCAGUCUAUCCUGAUUACUGGAGAAUCUGGUGCAGGAAAGACUGUGAACACCAAACGUGUCAUCCAGUACUUUGCGACAAUCGCAGUGUCCUCCACUGGAAAGAAAGCUGAACCAAUUCCUGGAAAAAUGCAGGGAUCACUGGAAGAUCAGAUCAUUGCAGCCAACCCACUGCUGGAAGCUUAUGGAAAUGCCAAGACUGUGAGGAAUGACAACUCCUCUCGUUUUGGAAAAUUCAUUAGAAUCCAUUUUGGUUCAACUGGAAAGUUGGCUUCUGCUGAUAUUGAAACAUAUCUGCUGGAGAAGUCUAGAGUGACAUUCCAGCUGUCUGCUGAGAGGAGCUACCACAUCUUUUAUCAGCUGACAACAGGCCACAAACCUGAGUUAGUUGAGGCUCUCCUGAUUACAACUAAUCCCUACGACUAUCCCAUGAUCAGUCAGGGGGAAAUCAGCGUGAAGAGUAUCGAUGACGUUGAAGAAUUCAUGGCCACCGAUACUGCCAUCGACAUUCUGGGUUUCACUCUGGAGGAAAAGAUGAGCAUGUACAAACUGACAGGAGCUGUGAUGCAUCAUGGAAACAUGAAAUUCAAGCAGAAGCAGCGUGAGGAGCAGGCUGAGCCUGAUGGCACAGAAGUGGCUGAUAAAAUCGCCUAUCUGAUGGGUCUGAACUCUGCCGAUUUGCUCAAAGCUUUGUGUUACCCUAGAGUGAAGGUUGGGAAUGAGUAUGUGACCAAAGGUCAAACUGUACCCCAGGUCAACAAUGCAGUGAGUGCUCUCUGCAAGUCUGUCUAUGAGAAGAUGUUCUUGUGGAUGGUUGUCAGAAUCAAUGAGAUGUUGGACACCAAACAGCCAAGGAGCUUCUUUAUCGGUGUCUUGGACAUUGCUGGCUUUGAAAUCUUUGAUUUCAACAGCUUGGAGCAGCUGUGCAUCAACUUCACCAAUGAAAAACUGCAACAGUUCUUCAACCAUCACAUGUUCGUUCUGGAACAAGAAGAGUAUAAGAAAGAGGGAAUUGAAUGGGAGUUCAUUGACUUUGGCAUGGACUUAGCUGCAUGCAUUGAGCUCAUUGAGAAGCCACUGGGAAUCUUCUCCAUCCUUGAAGAGGAGUGUAUUGUUCCCAAGGCAACAGACAUGACCUUCAAGAGCAAACUGUAUGACCAACAUCUGGGGAAAAGUGCUCCCUUCCAGAAGCCAAAACCUGCCAAAGGCAAAGCUGAGGCUCAUUUCUCUCUGGUGCACUAUGCUGGCACUGUGGACUACAAUGUCAAUGGCUGGCUGGAAAAGAAUAAGGACCCCCUGAAUGACACUGUGGUCCAACUUUACCAGAAGUCUGCAUCUAAGCUCUUGGCUUACUUGUAUGCAACCCAUGCCUCAGGAGAGGGUGAGGGUGGUGGAAAGAAAGGUGGCAAGAAGAAAGGAGGAUCGUUUCAGACCGUAUCGGCUUUGUUCAGGGAAAAUUUGGGCAAGCUGAUGACCAACUUGAGGAGCACCCACCCUCAUUUUGUAAGAUGCCUAAUUCCAAACGAAUCCAAAACUCCUGGGCUGAUGGAGAACUUCCUAGUCAUCCACCAGCUAAGGUGUAACGGUGUGCUGGAGGGUAUCAGGAUCUGCAGGAAAGGUUUCCCCAGCAGGAUCCUCUAUGGUGACUUCAAGCAGAGAUACAAAGUAUUGAAUGCCAGUGUCAUCCCUGAGGGACAAUUUAUCGACAACAAGAAGGCCUCUGAGAAACUCUUGGGCUCUAUUGAUGUUGACCACACUCAGUACAAGUUUGGGCACACAAAGGUGUUCUUCAAGGCUGGUCUGCUUGGUCUCCUGGAGGAAAUGCGAGAUGAAAAACUUGCUAUUCUGGUCACAAUGACUCAGGCCCUCUGCAGAGGCUUCCUGAUGAGACGAGAAUUUGUCAAAAUGAUGGAACGCAGAGAUGCCAUUUUCACCAUCCAAUACAACAUCCGUGCAUUCAUGAAUGUCAAGACUUGGCCAUGGAUGAAGUUGUACUUCAAGAUUAAGCCUCUCCUGAAGAGUGCAGAGACAGAGAAAGAGAUGGCCCAAAUGAAGGAGGACUUUGCCAAGACCAAGGAGGAUCUGGCGAAGGCUUUGGCUAAGAAGAAAGAACUGGAGGAGAAAAUGGUUUCUCUCCUUCAGGAGAAGAAUGACCUGCAGCUACAGAUUCAGUCGGAGGGGGAAAACUUGGCUGAUGCAGAGGAAAGAUGUGAGCAGUUGAUUAAAGCUAAAAUCCAGCUUGAGGCCAAACUCAAAGAGACGGCUGAAAGACUGGAGGAUGAGGAGGAAAUAAAUGCUGAGCUCACAGCGAAGAAGAGGAAACUGGAAGACGAGUGCUCUGAGUUGAAGAAAGACAUUGAUGACUUGGAGCUGACUCUGGCCAAAGUGGAAAAGGAGAAACAUGCCACUGAAAACAAGGUUAAAAACCUUGUAGAGGAAAUGGCUUCUCAGGAUGAGACCAUUGCUAAACUGACAAAGGAGAAGAAAGCCCUCCAAGAGGCUCAUCAACAGACCCUUGAUGACCUGCAAGCAGAGGAAGACAAAGUCAACACUCUGACCAAAGCCAAGACAAAGCUGGAGCAACAAGUGGAUGAUCUUGAGGGUUCAUUGGAGCAGGAAAAGAAGCUCCGUAUGGAUCUGGAGCGUGCCAAAAGGAAGCUGGAAGGAGAUUUAAAACUGGCUCAAGAAACCAUAAUGGAUCUGGAGAAUGACAAACAGCAGUCUGAGGAAAAGAUAAAAAAGAAGGACUUUGAAACAAGUCAGCUUCUCAGCAAAAUUGAGGACGAGCAAGUUCUUGGUUCUCAGCUUCAGAAAAAGAUCAAAGAACUUCAGGCUCGUAUUGAGGAGCUGGAAGAGGAGAUUGAGGCUGAGCGAGCAGCUCGGGCCAAAGUGGAGAAGCAGAGAUCUGAUCUCUCUAGAGAACUCGAGGAGAUCAGCGAGAGGCUGGAGGAGGCUGGAGGAGCCACUGCUGUUCAGAUUGAGAUGAACAAGAAGCGCGAGGCUGAGUUUCAGAAGCUGCGCCGUGACCUUGAAGAGGCCACCCUGCAGCACGAAGCUACAGCUGCAGCUCUGCGUAAGAAGCAGGCUGACAGCGUGGCAGAGCUGGGUGAGCAGAUAGAUAACCUGCAGAGAGUCAAACAGAAGCUGGAGAAAGAAAAAAGUGAAUACAAGAUGGAGAUUGAUGACCUCUCAAGCAACAUGGAGUCUAUUGCAAAAGCAAAGGGGAACCUUGAAAAAAUGUGUCGCACUCUGGAGGAUCAGCUGAGUGAAAUGAAAGCAAAGAAUGAAGAAAAUGUGCGACAACUGAAUGACAUUGGCCUACAGAGGGCAAGACUUCAAACUGAGAAUGGUGAAAUCGGCCGACAGCUGGAGGAGAAAGAUGCUUUGAUCUCUCAGCUGUCAAGGAGCAAGCAGGCUUUCACUCAACAGAUUGAGGAACUUAAGAGGCAUAUUGAAGAGGAGGUUAAAGCCAAGAACGCUCUGGCUCAUGCUGUUCAGUCAGCUCGCCAUGACUGUGAUCUGCUGAGAGAGCAGUAUGAAGAGGAGCAGGAGGCCAAAGGUGAGCUACAGCGUGCUAUGUCCAAGGCUAAUAGCGAGGUGGCUCAAUGGAGAACCAAGUAUGAAACCGAUGCCAUUCAGCGCACAGAGGAGUUGGAAGAGGCAAAGAAAAAACUCGCCCAGCGUCUGCAAGAUGCAGAAGAGUCCAUCGAAGCUGUAAAUGCAAAAUGUGCUUCACUGGAAAAGACCAAACAGAGGCUGCAGGGUGAAGUGGAAGACCUGAUGAUCGAUGUAGAGAGAGCUAAUGCUCUGGCUGCUAACCUGGACAAGAAGCAGAGGAACUUCGACAAGGUUCUUGCAGAGUGGAAGCAGAAGUACGAGGAAAGCCAGGCUGAGCUGGAAGGAGCUCAGAAAGAAGCUCGCUCACUCAGCACUGAAAUGUUUAAACUUAAAAACUCAUAUGAAGAAGCUUUGGACCAUCUGGAGACUCUGAAGAGGGAGAACAAGAACCUGCAACAGGAAAUUUCUGACCUAACUGAGCAAAUCAGUGAAACUGGAAAAACCAUUCAUGAACUGGAAAAAUCCAAAAAGGUUGUUGAAACAGAGAAGUCGGAACUUCAAACAUCUCUUGAAGAAGCAGAGGCCACACUAGAGCAUGAAGAAUCCAAGAUUCUUCGCAUACAACUUGAACUCACUCAGGUCAAGAGUGAGAUUGACAGAAAACUUGCAGAGAAGGACGAGGAGAUUGAGCAGAUCAAGAGGAACAGCCAGAGGGUGAUGGAGUCCAUGCAGAGUACUCUGGAUGCUGAGGUCAGGAGCAGAAACGAUGCCCUGAGAAUCAAGAAGAAGAUGGAGGGAGACCUCAAUGAGAUGGAGAUUCAGCUGAGCCACGCCAACCGACAGGCGGCUGAAGCCCAGAAACAGCUGAGAAACGUCCAGGGACAGCUUAAGGAUGCACAACUGCAUCUUGACGAAGCUCUGAGAGGACAAGAUGACAUGAAAGAGCAGGUUGCCAUGGUGGAGCGCAGAAACAGCCUGAUGGUGGCUGAGAUCGAGGAGCUUAGAGCUGCUCUGGAGCAGACGGAGAGAAGUCGAAAAGUGGCUGAACAGGAGCUGGUGGAUGCCAGUGAGCGUGUCACACUGCUGCACUCUCAGAAUACCAGCCUCCUCAACACCAAAAAGAAGCUGGAGGCUGACUUUAUCCAGAUCCAAGGUGAAGUAGAAGAUUCUGUUCAGGAGGCAAGAAAUGCUGAAGAAAAGGCCAAGAAGGCCAUCACUGAUGCUGCCAUGAUGGCAGAGGAGCUGAAGAAGGAGCAGGACACCAGCGCUCAUUUGGAGAGGAUGAAGAAGAACCUGGAGGUGACAGUGAAGGACCUGCAGCACCGUUUGGAUGAAGCUGAAAAUCUGGCCAUGAAGGGAGGAAAGAAGCAGCUCCAGAAACUGGAAGCUAGGGUUCGUGAGCUGGAGUCUGAGGUUGAUGCUGAGCAGAGGCGAAGUGCAGAUGCUAUUAAGGGAGUGAGAAAGUAUGAAAGACGAGUGAAGGAGCUCACUUAUCAGACAGAGGAAGAUAAGAAGAACAUUGCUAGACUGCAGGAUCUGGUGGACAAACUGCAGCUCAAAGUAAAAUCCUACAAGCGACAAGCUGAAGAGGCUGAGGAGCAGGCCAAUGCCCAUCUCACCAGAUACAGGAAGGUGCAGCAUGAGAUGGAGGAAGCUCAGGAACGCGCCGACAUUGCUGAGUCCCAGGUCAACAAGCUGAGGGCCAAGAGUCGGGAAAUUGUUAAGACCAAAGAAUCAGAGGAAUGAUGAAGAGAACAUGACUCAAGUUUGUGGUAACAAGGAAUCAUACAAUAUGAGUAACUUGUUACCUUAAUAGCUUAGCAUGUCAAACAUGCAGUCAUCAUGUUAGAUCAAUAAAAGUAGCAUAGUUG